GUAUACGCACUCAGCAAGUUUACAUCCUACCAUGAGCUUCCUAACCUUCCCUUUUUUGAUUUCCUCUUCCUCUCCUUCUGGAGGUCGAGGACUUAGACUGACACCGCCCUUGUAAUACUCCCCAGGUAUCAGGAUUGUUCUACGGGCCGAGAGGAGGUGAUCUGCAUAGAGUCCAUUUGUCUUUCGCAAAGCAUCUGCUGGAACGCUGUAUCGCAACGAGAGCGACAAAAUGGAAUCAUUAUUGGUGUCAACAAAGUGCAAGACGUCAGGGGCAGAAACGCAGGAUUUUUCCUUCUCGGAUAAUGGUUGCAUUGGUGCAUGCUGGGAGUAGGGUGGAAGGCCAUCCUCUGCUUGCCCCUCAGCAGUCGGCGAGUAUCCGGGGGGAUCACGAAGGCCUUGCGGAAGCGGCGAGGGAACGAACGAAAUUUGACAGAAUGGGCAAUAAGCAGAGAAUCUUGGGUUGUCUGUUAUGCAUCGAGCGCAGAUAGCACGACCGCAACACUCGAGGCGCUGCUCGUAUUGGCACGGCUUCUCCGUCUUCUCAUCGUACGUAGGAGGGAUCGAGGAAAUAAUGGUUUGAAGCGGUUUGUAAGAGGAAAAGAAUGUUGAACGCGGAGGCAAAAUGUACAAUGUACAAUCGGAGGGAUUUGAAGAUAGUACGUCAUGACUAAGGGCCAGUGGUGACCUUGAGCACUUGAGCGCUUGAGCUCGCAAGAACACGAGAUUUCCAAUUCCAAGAGAUUUCCAGAUCCAAAGCAAACCUAGGUAGAGAUAUAUCGCACUUUCACCAACUGAAAACUGAGGUAGAAAUAUGUAGUCAAUCAUAAUGUAGGCCUGGAGGUUGUUCAACGCGCUCAGGGCUCAUUAGCAGGAAAGGACGCACGGUCCUCGCUCGGUCCGUCUGUCUAGCCGAGCGGCCCACAAACCUUUGAUUGAACCAUCGCCGCGAACUUUUUUCCAGCCACGCCCAGCAAUCUCCAAACCACGACACCUCGAUCCCCCUAAGAGAUACCUCAGUCGCCCACUUGCCAUUGAGAAUCUUCUGCCGCCAAAAUGGUCAAGACCUCCGUCCUCAACGAUGCGCUCAACGCCAUCAACAACGCCGAGAAGUCCGGCAAGCGCCAGGUCCUCAUCCGCCCUUCCUCCAAGGUCAUCAUCAAGUUCUUGACCGUCAUGCAAAAGCACGGUAUGUACUUGUGGUUCUCUCCUUCGCGUUUCUCAGACUUUUUUUCCUUUCCUAUCCUUUUCUGUCUUCUCAAUAUUCUGUUCCCCUUGUUUCCGGGUUGAU